AUGUCGUGUGUGUCCGCCGUUGCAGGUGACUUGCCCCUCAGCCUUCCGGGAUACCUGGUUUUCCGCUGCAGUAACCCAGCGUACUGGGUCUAUGCCGAUCAGAGGUGUAACGGGAUGAACGACUGCGGAGACUGCUCUGAUGAGAUGGGGAGCUUGGCCGCCUGCCCCCCGUGCGGGUCGGAGUGGUGGAGCUGCAGCCCUGUGCUCUACGAGUACUGCUCCUGCGUCCCCAGGAGGCUGUGCCGGGACGGCGUCCAGCACUGCCUCGGCUGGUCCGAUGAGUAUGUCUGCAGACCGUGA